AUGUUAAGUUUUAAGGUGGAAUGGUUGACGGCAAAGCUUGUUGAUGUUGACGUGAAUGCUUGUAAAGUAAGGAUUGUGAAAUUCAACGAAGAAGUCAAGAAACACGAGCAGAUGAUUUUCCAUCUCAAAGCUAAGUUGAAAGUGGAGGAGGCCAAGUCGAAGAAGCAUAGUUACUUACUUAUUUAGUUAUUUUUAAACUUAUUUAGUUUCUCUCAGUUACUUAUUAUUUUAUUAUUUUAUUAUUAUUACAUUUUGAAAUCUCUUGUUUUAGUUUGAAAAAAU